GUGGAUGAAGCAGCUAAGGCUGAAACUGCUCAAGACGUGACAAAGUUUCUCUUUAAUGAAACUUAAACCUCAUGGAGAACAUGCUGGAUGAUCUGAAUGGAUCUGGAGAGCAGCUUCUGGCAGGAGAGAAGGUUCCAGAAGCAAUGGAUGAAGCAGUUGAGACUGAAACAGCUGAAACGGCUGAUGAUGUAAAGUUUCUCCUCAAUAACAGUGAAGCCAGUAUGGAUGAAGGUCUUGAAAUGGUGGUGGAGGUGAUAAAUAUGGUGGAGGUUGAAAAUGACAUUAGAGCUGAGGUUGAACCGAUACUGAACCUCAUCCUGGAUGAGAUCGAGCUGAAAGUCACAAAGCAGCAGAAUGAAGUGGACGAGAUGGAGAAGAUUAACCAGCAGAGUCUGACAGGAAAUGAGCUGCUGAUGGAAGCUGAAGUUCAGGUGGAAGCUGAAGAGCAGAUACCUGUUCACCUGGAUGCUUUUGUAGACAUAAAUCUCGAUCCCAAAGAUGGAGAAAAAAUCAUCAAGAAAGAUGAGCGGCUGAAUGAAGGAGGAGAGGAAACCCUAAAAAAGAAAAGUGUGGGGAGAGGAACACGGGGGCACGGUCAAAAAAUAAAUUACAAGAAGAGAGAGAAAGAGGAAUCUGGUAAAGCAGAAGAUCAGAUUCCAGAUGUUAUGGAUGUUGUGGAGGCUGAAGUGGGUGUCAAAUCUGAAGAUGCCCAGAUGAUGAACAUCAUCCAGGAUGAGACUGAGGCCAGUAAUCUGGCAAAAGAAUUCUCAAUUAAAUUAAUGGAUAAAGAAGGGGGUGGGAAACCGAAAAAGAGGGUGAGGAGAGGAACAAGAGGAAAAGGACGAAAAAUUAAUUACAAAAAGAAGGAAGAAGUGGAACAGAUUGUGGAGAAUAAAGAGCUGCAGAACGCUAGCAGAGCCUCAGAAGGAGCCAGAAUGGCUCAGAGGAACCACAGAGGAUCUGUAGCUGCAGCUCAAGCUAGACCAAGAGAACAGAGAAGAUCUGCUGAAGGUCAGGAAAGAGCAGGAGGACGAAGAGAAGCCACCUAUUCAGAGGUGGUGAGAAAUUCUGGUGAAGGAAGAAGGUACCAAUAUGGCCAGCACCCCCCAGAACCUGUGUGGAGAAAUUAUGGGAUGGAGGAGAGGAAUGACUGGAGAUAUGGAGGCCGUCAGUGGGAGAGGAGAAACUUGUGGACACCACCAGCCCCGAAUUAUUAUUAUUACCCAAAUUAUUAUUAUUACCCAAAUUAUUAUUAUUACCCUAAUUAUUAUUAUUACUGAAUAAAUAAAAUAAAAGCACACCUGC